GUGAGACAAAGAAAAGUUAGUGACAGAGCAAUCCUUGGGGCAAGCUGGUGCUUGGGAGAGUGCUAAAGGGCUUGGGAAUUCAGCUGGAAAUAACAUUUAAAAUGGAGAGAGCCAUCUAAAAUGAAGAGAGGGGAAAUACAGCUGGGUGCCUAGAGGUGAGGCUCAAACCAGACCAGCUGUCCUGGCAUCAAUCAGCCCCGUUUUCCCCCCAGUUUGAGAUACUCCUAUCACCCCAAUCACCCCCUCCAUCUGCUGCCAGCAGCAGGGGAAGCAGCUCCUCCUCAGAGCAGCCCCUGUGCAGCUGGGAGUGAUAACACAAGACAUCUCUUUCUCCUCUCCCCCCAUUUCCUUGUGCAUUCAUUCAUUUGUCUCCAUUUCUUAGCACGAGAAUGAGUCAUUUCUCCCUCUGUCCCCACCAGCUGACUGCUGGGGCUUUUCCCCCCCUUUCCGGGGGGGGGGGGGGAACUCAGCACUGGUCCAGCACUGGCCCCCUCAGUGUGGCUGGGAUGAGGGAAGAGUGUGCCAGCAUCGUGUGACAUGGGGAGGCAUUUUAAUUCCAUGUAUUCAUUUAUUUACAUCCCCCAGAGAGAGCAUCCCAAGCCCAGCACUGGGCAGAGCAGGAGCUCACUCCAGCUGCAAUGAACUGAUCAGGAGUGGGGAGGACAGAAACGUGCAGUGCCUGUCUGCAGGAACAAUGGGAUCUGGCACUGGUGAGCAGGGACUCGUUAAUGCAACCAAAAUUGCUUUUUUUGGUCCUGUGGAUACCCAUGUGGAAGGACCUCAUUUUCCCAAGGAAAGGGGUCUUGGAGGAGGGACUGAGGCUGUGGCUGCUCUGCUCUCCUGAGGACAAGCACUAGGAGAUGGCUCUGGGCUGUCGCCCUGCUCAGGCCUAGGACGCAAACCAUGGCAGAGGGAGGAGGAGAGGGAUGACAAGCUGGAAUCUGGUCACUGCAGGGAGGCCUGGACCAGGGACCCUUCACACCACACGGUUCAGAAUCCAUCUGUAUGUCAAUAUUUUCACCCCUGGAGCUUUCAGAUUUCUCCCCAGCCAGCCUCUGCAGCCCAGCAAGCAGGAUCCUGCCAGGACCUCAGGAGUUUGUUACCUCUGAAAGUGCAGAUGCUCCCGGUCCCUCAGGGACACAGGCAGCUUUCCACCUCCCUGCAAAGCCACCCUGAUGUCCCUAAGUGCUUGGGGUCAGCAGAGCUCCCAUGAUCUGCUGCACUUCGGAGGCAGACCGGAGCUGGCAGUGCUGUCGGCCGGGAUGAGUCAGGAACUUUCCGAUAACAUCUGAGGGGCAUAAAUUCGGAGGCUGAGCCAGAACUGGAGGCAGGAACAAUCUCUGGCUGCUGGCUGAGAGCUCCCAGCCAAGGAGGUCACAAGUCACAGGGACUCUUCCCAGGAGAGCAAGGAAACUCAGCUCUGCCCUGGCCUCCCCUGCCUCUCCCUACGAGCAGCCCGUGCCUGUGCUGUGCUGUCCCCCGCCUCCUCCGUGGGGGAUCUGGGAUCCACCCAGAGGAGACAACCCCAGAAAAGCCCUGCCCUGAUCCCAGAGGCAACACAGGCUGCUUCUGAAUGGGGUUAGGAUCGAGGGACAAAAGGCUUGAGGGCUCCCUUGGCUGGUGCUCCACAUGUCCCCGUCCAUGUCCCUGCACCCACCUGGUGGGGAGCCUUGUGUGCACAUCCUAUCCUCUCCCCAAUGCAUCUGAAAGGGAAAACUGAAAGGAAAACAAAAGCCAAGCAGAGUUUUUCUUGGUUUCCCCAACACCUGGUUUGCAGGAGCUGCUGCUGGGGGACAAGGGACAAACCAGACAGGCACAGCACUUUCCACAGGACCGUGUGGCUUGGGAGGCUGAAGCACCUCCAGCAGGGGCUGUCAGAGGGACUGAGGGAUGUCAGCUCCAAGAGGAUGCCCAGCAUAGCUCAGCCCUGAGGAAUUUGCUCAUCUCAUUCACUUAGGGCAGUUGACCACCCUGCUGGAAUCCAUCAGGGAGCAAGGCAGGGGCCUGCCAGGAUGAGGUGACCGCCCAGGAAAGCAGCAGUGUCACACUCCAGGGCCCCAGAGCAGCUUUGCCAAGUCCUUUUCCUAGGAUUUUCUCACUAGGAAUACAGAAAACAGCCAGGGAAAGAAGACCGCAAAGCUGUGUCAAUCUAAUAUCCUGCUCUUAGGGGAAGGGGACACUCUUAGGGGAAUAUUAGCCCUAAUCACAUGCCAACGUGAGGAAUUAUCCCUCUCUCCUGGUGAAUUAUCUCCCUCUCCCACUGCCACGAUGCUCUCCUGGCUCCUGGAAGGCACAGAGAAGGGCAGGUCUUGCCCUUGCAGAGCUGAUUGAUGCUCAUGCUCCUCUUGGGAAAGAGCUGCUUGACCUGGGCUGGCAGCCUCUCCAGGAUGCACUUCCCAGGCACUCCAAAAGCCAUUGCAGCAGAUCCUGAAGUGCUCUGCCAGCUGAAAGGCAGCCUAAAAGCCACCAGAGAACAUCUCCAGCCCGAGUGAAUGACAUCAGGCCGGAGCUGCAAACAAACAUCCACUGAUAAAAGCAGAGAUGGAGCUUUCAGCCAGGCUCACUGCAGAGCUCACGGCCUCUGGCAGGAGAUGCCAGGAGCAGCCCCAGUUACCUACAGCCCCCAAGCCCCAGCUGCAGCCAGGGGAGCUCCCCCAGCAGCCAAGGCCAAAGGGAUAAUGCAAGUUUCCACAACACAGGUGUUGUUUGUUCUGCCUGCCCUUACACAAGGAAUCUCCCCAGCUGCUCUGAACAAGAAUUACAGCAGCAGCAGGAAAACAAGGAAGGCUGCCGGACACACACUGCUGCAGCCAGCCUGGGUGCCACUUUCUGUGCCAGUUUAGCAGCUGGCAAACAUCCAGAAAACACAAGUAACCAAGGCCACAGGUAAGCAUCACUGCUCUUUAAAGGAAAGCUCUGUAGAAACCUGGCUUUAAUCACGAGAGUGAGAAAAGAAAUACCUUUUGCCAGUCCUGUAUCAUGCUGCUCCUCACCAAAUGCUGACAGAACAGCCCUGAUUCCCCUGAGCAUGCCUUGGGUUGUCACCAGGUUAAGUGAUGCAGAGCAGUAAAACAAUCUAGAUGUAAAUAUAAGUAAGGAUUUCCUGCCCGUGACACCUCGUUGGCUCAGCUUUGGUUUCUGUGGAUGGGGAUUCCCAUAACUUGGUGCUGGUUUUUGGAAGUUGCCCUCCCCCUUGUUAAUGCUCAGGUAUGAUUGUCAUUGUAUUUCUUUGCUGUAAAACCAGCAGCAUCUGGCUGUGGAUGGCAGAAGCUCUCCUUACAGCAGCUAGGACUAAGCCAAACUGGUUUUUGCUUUGGGUUCAACGAGUUUUUCCAGCUGUUCAGCCCUGCACUGCCUCCCCUUCCCUGUCCCCAUGCAGUUUGGGAUCUGGGGAUGUUCAAAUCUCCCUGGCUGGGGGCCCCACCUGCAGUGCACGGGGCUGUGACUGAGCUCUGUGCUGACGUGGGGACGGGAGCACAGAGGAUGUGAUGGCUGCUCUGGGCCUUUAACUUGUGUCUUUCUCCUUCUGGGGCACUGCUGUGCACUCUUGCCUCUUAUCCCAAAGAAACGUGGGUGAUGGGGAGGUCUGGGAGCAGUUCUGCGGGCUCUGAGCUGAGUCUCACACUCUCUGGCAUUUGAUCCACCCAGCUGGAUCAGUGGUGGGAAAUGGUGACUCCUGAGGGCAUCUCCAGCUGGAGGUGUGCAGCAGAGCUCCAGCACUGCCUGUGAGUGCUGGUGACCCCCAGUGCCAGCAGCAGCACCCCUGCCUGACGUGCUGCUCUGCUCCUUGCUGCUCUGUCCCCUCUGUUUUCAGUGCCAGGGUCUGCUGGAGAUGGUGUGAGAGCAGUUCUGAGAGCAGGAGGACACCAAGGGAGAAAAGCAGAGGCCAGAAGCAGCACCAGGUAAAAGGCAGAACUCUUCCCUGCCCGUGAGAGGCAGCCAGGGCCAUCAGAUCCAAUAAAUGUGCAGUUGCUGUGAUUUACUGGCAGGCCGAGCUGGCUUCCUGCAUGAUUAGUUUUAUUCUGCUGCAUGCUCGUUAAGUGCCUGAGCUCUAAUUGCUCUGAGGCUUUCUGUAGCUCAGAGAAACAGCUGCACAGCAGAAAUCCCUGUGUCCGUGUGUCCAUCUGUCCCAGCCCUGAGGCCUGCACACCCUCCGGAGCCUGAGGAAUGCUGCUGUGGGCAGAGUCCCCUUGAGGAGGCAGGAGGGAAGCUCCAGCACCCUUACCAGCUGCAAACAGAUUUUUUUUUGUUGUUAAAUUCACGUGUCCCCCUGCAUGCUGCACACUCCCUCCUCCCUCGCCUGGGAUGGGUGUCCAGGUUCUUCCCUGCCCCAUGAUCCCAACCCAGAGGCGAGGACUGCUGGGGGCACAACAAACCCAGCCAAGGAAAACAUAGUGAUUCCCCCACAAAACGAAGUGUUGCUCAAUUAUUCAGCUCUUAAGCCCUUGAUGCUGAUGCUGCAAUGAAAUCAUAGCAGAAAAGGAGGUGAAGAGGAAUUUUUAGGUGAUUUUUUCCUCCUGAGAGUGGCGAAACACCUGUCAGCCUGCACAGCCAGAGGUAUCUGAUGAGGACCUGGGGUGGAAAGCAGUAGCUGACAGUUCCAGCCACUUCUGAAAUGAUGUCUUGCUUGUUUAAGUAAAAAAUACAUUAGGUAUUUCAAGUUAUGUUCUUGAAACAUGCCAACAGGUGUUAUGCUGUGCUGAUUUCCCCUGGGGAAGGGGAAUAAGGGAUCCCAUGGGAUGCUCUUUGCUGUCUCCUGGGGCUGGGAGCUGGCAGAUGGACCUGCCUGCUGGGCACACCUCAAAAUAUUUUUUCCCAUAUCUUGGAUAUACCUCUGGAGCCAGCCAGGACUUUUGCAAGAAGCAGCUCUGCCCAGGUGACUACUACCCAGCUCCAUAAUUUUCCUGGCUGGCUGCUAAUUAGUGAUUCCAGGUGCAGCUUCCAACGUGCAUCAGCCCCAUUCCAGCCCCUCCCAGGGGGAGAAGCAACUGGGCUUGGCAGAGGAAUUUUGGAGCAUCCCCUGGUAUUAGAGCCUGAUGGCUCAUUUGGGCUGGGAGAGGGGCUAAUUCCCCAGCUCCCCUGUCCUUCAGCUCAUGGGGGAGCAGAGUGCCUGAACAUUUGCCUCCUCAGUGGCAGAAUUAAACAGCCCAUGAGGCUUUGAGAGCCCAAAAAGCAGCUCUUCCAGCCCAGAGCCUCCACGAAGAAGCACUCAGAACCAAGAUCUGCUUCUAAAAGGUGCUUAAAAACAUCCCAGCUGGGGCACAGGGGGAGCUGCAGGAGGGGAGAGUGGGCCUGGGGCUGGGCACCAGGUCAGGAAAGCAAAACAGGUUUCGAUUUCCAUCCAGAGGAAGGAGUAAUAACAGGAUAAAAACUUCCUUGUGCGAGACGCUGCUCUUUCAUUACGUGGCCAGGCAAAGCCCAGAAUUAUUUCACUCCUGGCCAGUGACGUCCUGGCUGUCAUUUGGUCCUGAAGAAUGAGCCUGGAGCAAAUUUAAAUUGUGCUUGGUGUUUCCUCCCAAGUGAGAUUAUAUAUAUAUAUAUAUAUAUAUAUAUACAUACACAUUUUUUUUUCUUUUUUUAAAAAAUUAUUUCAGUGAGGGCAAAACUUUUGCAGAAAGCAUCUGAAAGAUGCUCGAGGGCUGUUUGGGAGCAGCCUGAGGGAUGUGGGACCAGAGUCCAGGGAAAUCUUUCCUGUUUCUUGUGCCAAGCCUGGCUGGCGUUGGAGCUUUGGAGAGGGAUGGUCGUGGGAACAGCUUCGGGUUUGGCCGGGGCGCUGGGAAAAGCCCGCCCCGACCCCAAGGCUGCCUCCCGGCAGGGACCGCCUGCUCUAGGGGCACUUGUGGGCCCGUGAGGGAGAAGAAAGAGCAUCCCCAGCAUCCCAAUGCUCGUCCCCAUCCCUCCCGAACGCAUUUUCUCGGCAAGCACAGAUCGGGAGCUCGCUGGCAAAACCCCCUUUUUCAGGGACAAUUAUCCAUCCCGCUCUCCCCGAUCCGGGGAGGAUCUCCCGAGGUCCGGGGUGAUGGUUGGGGGUCCCGCGGCUGCCGCUGCCUGCGGGCUGUGCCGGGAGCUCCCUGGGGCGGCUGUGCCGGCAGCGAUGUGACAGCGACAUCCCCGCCGAUGGAUCUCGCUCUCCUCCCGCGCAGCGUGCCCGGUUAUGCAAGUGUGUUUUCCAUGUUCCCGGGCAGGCGGCUCCUCGUGUUUAUUAAAAGCCCAGCCUGGGCGGGCGGGCGGAGGGGUGACCCGCGCUCGCUGUCGCAUCAGCCGGGGACAGAAGUGUCCCCGCCGAGCGCCUCGCGGGGGGAAGGCUUGGCACUCUUCAGCUGCGUGGGGGCCGAUACCAACGUCACGGCCGGGCACGGCACGGAGGGGCUCAGCUGCGGCACAGCCAAGGCAUGCACAGGGAACGGCACGCAGCCGCGGCGGCAGGGCCACUUCUCGCGGUGCCCGGAGGAGUACCAGCACUACUGUGUCAAGGGCAGGUGCCGCUUCCUCGUGGCCGAGCAGGCCCCCGCUUGUGUGUGCGAGCGGGGCUACACCGGGGCUCGCUGCGAGAGGGUGGAUCUGUUCUACCUGCGAGGGGACCAGGGCCAGAUCGUCAUCAUCUCCCUGAUCGUCGCCAUCGCCGCCCUCAUCAUCCUCGUUGUUGGCAUCUGCCUCUGCAGCCACCACUGUCGGAGGCAGCGUAGGAAGAGGAAGGCAGAAGAGAUGGAAACGCUAAACAAGGAUGGACCUUCCAGAAGUGAAGAUGUGCGGGAAACGGGCAUAGCGUGAAGGAGCUCCCGGUACCUGCGGGCGGGUCCCGGACGGCAGCAGCGGCUGGCUGCAUGGGCGAGGGCUAAAGCGUGCGGCGGCUUGAAUAAAGGGGUGACGGAAAAUUGUCCCCAGUGGUGUCGCCGAAGUCCUUGGGGCGCGGGGGCUGCGCUGCCGCACCGCGGCCUCCAGACGGCGACACUGAGCUGGGGCGGGGGCGGCCCGCCUGCAGUGCCCGCAGUGGCCACGCGAGGGCGACACAACCGCGGCGCCUCCGCCCCGAUCCCGGUCCCGGUCCUGCUCCCGGUCCAAGGGGCUCUGCCGGGUUCGGGUCCCGUUCUGGGCGGCCUGGAGGCUGUGCUGGAGCUGCUCCCAUUGCUCAGCGUCCCCGGGCGCCCUCCCGGUUCCCGACAGCCGGCGGGAGAGGGGAGGGAGCGGGUGAGGGAAACCGGGCAAAACCGGUGGAAAACAGGUGAGAACCGGGGCAGAAC